GUCUUACAGAAUUCCUUUUUUCCCAUGUGGUAGAAUGACAGUUGCCCCAAUUGUGUUCAGCACCAAGAUGAAUCUGCUCCGCGUCAAAUGAAGUCCUCUUCCUCCCCUGCUACCCUUGGAAGUAGGUCUUCACGCGAUGGGGAGGAUGGAGUCUGGCGAUCGAAUGGUCCUGGAAGCCGUCGCAGAGUUCGAAACUUCCCAUAUUCCGGCCUUCUCCUCAUCUCUUUGCUCCACUUCCUCCAAUCUUGGCCAAAUCUCCAUCCGUUCCUUGGCCAUCUCGACAACCUCGGCCUCUAAAACCCUGAUUUACGCUGGCUCUCAGUGUGGUGCCAUCUUGUCCUUUGUGUUCGACCCAUCGCAGCAUCACACAAGGACCGAUACAGAUCAAGAUCCAGGUCAACGUUUAUCCUCAACGAAGACCUCCUCUUCAAGGUGCGUUAGGGUCGGGAAUUCUCCGGUGGAGUCGGUGAUUGUCGUAGCAGAGAUCGAUAGAGUUCUCUUUCUUUCCGAUGGUUUCUUGCAUUUGGUGGACCGCUAUUUAUCUUCGCCCGUGCAGAAACUGGUGUUCCUGAAGGGGGUGAGCUCUGUGGCGCAGAAGCUGAGCUUCACUGAUACCAUGGUUUCCCAGACAGAUUCUGUUUCCGAGGAUGGUUCCAAGAAGGCAUGGGAGAGAGUAGGCAGGAUUAGUAGCCGUUAUAAUGGGUUUUCCGUCUUCACGAACUACCCGCAAUUUGCAGCCAUUGCAGGCAGGAAGUUAGUCCUGUGUGAGAUGAGGUCAGCUGGGAGAGUGAACGAUGCGCCGGGCGCUAUCGGUAGGGUUCACGAUUAUGGCGGUUUUACUGUCACGGUUUUCAGAGAAUUUCAGAAUUUUGAUGCCGUCACGACCAUGGCUUGGAUUGAUCAUUCUGUGAUCAUUGGCACCGCUAGUGGAUAUUCGCUCUUCUCGUGCAUUACGGGUCAGUUUAGCUCCAUUUUCUCUCUUCCGGAGUCCUCGGGACCACCCUUGUUGAAAGUUAUGCAUAGACGCAAGGAGGUGCUUCUGUUGGUGGAUAAUGUUGGGAUCGCCUCGAAUUCUUUGGGCCAGCCUGUUGGUGGAAGUAUGAUAUUCAGACACGUUCCUGAAGCUGUUGGCCAGAUAUCGAUGUAUGUGGUUGUCUUUGGGGAUGGUAAACUCGACGUAUACCAUCGAAGAACCGGUGUUCUUGUUCAAUCGAUAUUUUGUGGGGAAAGAACUGGUUGCUCAGUUAUUGCAGAAGAUGACGGAGGGAAUGAGGAGUUUCUCGCUUGUGCAGUAUCUGAUAAGGUUAUCUUAUUUCAUCAACUGUCAGUAGAAGAACAGAUUAAAGAUCUGCUUAGAAAGAAAAACAUCAAGGAAGCUAUAUCUCUGGUGGAAGAAUUACAAGCUGAAGGUGGUGUGACCAAAGAGAUGCUCUCUUUUGUGCACGCUCAAGUAGGUUUUUUGUUACUUUUUGGGUUGCGUUUUGAAGGUGCUGUAGAUCAUUUCCUGCAGUCAGAAACGAUGCAGCCAUCAGAAAUUUUUCCAUUUAUAAUGCGGGAUCCAAACCGCUGGUCUUCUUUGGUACCUAGAAAUCGCUACUGGGGUUUGCAUCCUCCUCCUAUACCACUUGAAGAUGUUGUCGACAAUGGCUUGAUGGCUAUUCAUAGAGGAAUUUUCUUAAGAAAAGCAGGUGUAGAUACUGGUGCUGAUGAGGGCUUUUUGUCAAAUCCACCGAGCAGAGCUGAACUCUUGGAAUCGGCCAUCCUUAACAUCAUAAGGUACUUAAAGGUGUCAAGGGAUAAGGAUUUAAUGCCUCCUGUGAAGGAGGGCAUCGACACCCUUCUAUUGUACCUCUUUAGAGCCCUUGAUCUUACUGAGGAUAUGGAGAAACUGGCGUCUUCCCCAAAUAAUUGUGCUGUUGAGGAGUUGGAAAGUCUCUUACAAGACUCUGGGCAUCUAAGAACGCUUGCUUUUCUGUAUGCGAGUAAGGGGAUGUACACAAAAUCCCUUGACGUGUGGCGAGCUCUGGCGUUGAAUCUUCCAAAUGGUUCACGGAAGGAUGCAUUGCUGCGAUGGGAUGUACAAUACCCUUCUGCAAACUCUACUCAAAAGGAUGCUGCAACACAGGCUUCACAUAUUCUUGAGGAAUCUUCUGAUAAAAGUAUUGUUCUGAAACAUCUAGAAUGGAUCAUUGAAGUGGAUGAGGAGCUUGCUGUUAGUGUAUUAACAUCUGAGAAAAGGGCAGAACAGCUUCCUCCAGAAGAAGUACUUGCAACUAUAAGUUCAAAAAAAGUGGAGGUUAUGCAAAGAUACUUGCAAUGGUUAAUUGAAGACCAAGGUUUGGAAGACAGUCAAUUCCACACUCUGUAUGCACUUUCACUUGCAAAACCUGUGGUGGAAACCAUUGGAACGGACGUUGCUAAGCAUGAUCCAAGUGCUGCUAUGCUCAGAGCGGACAAUGUCUCUGACACGAUAACUAGCAUGGAUAUUGGAUUUCUUGUUAGGGAGAAAUUGCAGUUUUUCUUGGACUCUUCAGAUUUGUAUGAUGCAGAAGUGGUUCUUGAUUUGAUAGAAGGAUCAGAGUUAUGGCUAGAAAAGGCAAUUUUGCAUAGGAAAUUGGGACAUGAAGCCCUGGUUCUCCAAAUUUUGGCCCUAAAACUGGAAGAUGGUGAAGCUGCAGAACGAUAUUGUGCUGAGAUUGGGAGACCAGAUGCAUAUAUGCAGCUGCUUGACAUGUAUCUGGAUCCACAAGAUGGGAAGGAACCUAUGUUUAAUGCUGCUGUACGUCUUCUUCAUAAUCACGGCGAAUCUCUAGAUCCUCUGCAAGUGUUGGAGAAGUUGUCCCCAAAUAUGCCACUCCAGCUUGCUUCAGAGACACUGUUACGAAUGCUGAGAGCUCGAGUUCAUCAUUACCACCAGGGGCAGAUUGUAUAUAAUCUGUCACGAGCUAUAAAUCUUGAUACCAGGCUGGCAAGAUUUGAGGAAAGAACAAGGCAUGUGCAGAUCAAUGAUGAGAGCCUAUGUGACUCUUGCCACACACGUCUUGGCACAAAACUUUUUGCCAUGUAUCCCGAUGAUUCAGUGGUCUGCUACAAGUGUUUCCGUCGGCAACCUGAGCACAUUUGUCCGGUCAAUGGGCGUGAUUUUCAGCGGGAUUUUGUGUUCAAGCCUGGUUGGCUAGUGAAGAAGCUCUGAUGACUGAUAGUCUGAUCAUCCAUUUGUUCUAAAUUAAGAAGCAGAUAGUCUAUUGGUGAACGAGGUCUGAAAGAGCACAAGUGCCACCCAGAAGGAGUUGGAGAGAUCGUGCCCGGAAAAUCAUUGCCUAGCAUGUACAGAUCCCAUAGUUGGACUUGUAUGUAUUUCUGCAAGCUGGCUGUUGGCCAGCAUCAUUUUUGGGAGGUGCUUUGUCACUUGUAUAAGAUGAACCUCGCAUUUCACAAUGUGCAUAACAGUUUAAGUUUCUCAUGUAAUCGAAUUUGCGGUAGUUUCUGAUGCCUGUCAAAUGAGAGCAGAGAUUUUUUA